GUGCACAACGUGAUUCGCCUCAUUGUCAGCAAUGCCCCAGUCAGCAAUGCCUCGACUCAGGAGGAGACAGCGAGAAGAGGUCGCUGUUGCAGUCAUGGCCAUUGCCGGGAGGAUGGCCGAGGAUGCGUUCCAGUCCCUGGAUUCCCUGCUGGGGGCCCGGAGCUUGACACCCCUGUUGGGCCCUCACUUGGAAAGCAUGGGCUCGGCCGGUGGAGAAGACGAUGACCAAACAUGGGGACGGCAUGGUCUGGUAUGGUUGUUCCCAGCCAUCAUUCACAUCUGCAACCUGUCUCCGCGGGCUUCGCCUAGGUGGUGGGUGAUGAGGCAGACGACUGGGUUGUGGAGGGAUCUCAUCCCCACGGACGACGCCGAGAACGACCAUUACAUAGGACUCCUGCGCAUGCGACGUUCGACAUUCAACAGACUGCUUCGUAAGGUCGGUCCGCUUUUGGAAAAGCAGGUCACUAAGUUCCGGUUGCCGUUUCCGCCUGCUAAGAAGCUUGCUUAUGCUCUCCAUAGAUGGGCCCAUGGGGGCUCGCACUGGCACAGUUCAUCCGCGUAUGGGAUGGGGAAAACCAGUGGCAUACGUGCAGUGAAAGAGGUGGCGGAUGCCAUUCACGCCACGUAUCCACAUGCAGUAGGUUUCGGUGGACUAGAGGAUCGUCACCGUCGAAUGCAGCAGUUUGAGGCAUUGGGUUUUCCUAAUUGCUGGGGGUGCAUCGACUGCACACAUGUGUAUGUCGACAAGCCACGAACGAAGGACGGCGGCGACUAUUGCUCCGGUCGUAACAACCGGUUCUCAGUUGUUGCGCAACUCGUGGUCGAUUCCGAGCUGCAUGUCCUUGAUUUUUGCUACGGCUUUCCAAUGACUGUCGGCGAUGCACGUGUUCUGAAGAACAGGUCGCUGUACAGGCAAGCCCUGAAAGGGUCGUUGUUCAUCGACGACCCUGAAGACCCCUUCCAUGCUCAGAGGCCUUCCAUCAGCGGAGUUCCUGGAGGGUACUUGCUUGGUGAUGGCAGGUACCCCAAUCUGCCUUGGCUUGUGAUCCCAUUUGGCCAACAACCCUGGCUGACGAGGGCCAUGCAGCGCUUCGACGCUCUUCACAAGAUUGUCAGGUCUUGUGUUGAGCGAUUCUUUGGGGUAUUCAAAAUGCGUUUCCAGUACUUCUAUCGGCCACAUAUAUGUGACAUUGCAACGGAGAGGUUGGAGUUCCGUGCAUGUUGCAUAAUUCAUAACCUCCUUCAGGAUUGGGGUGAUUUGCCGGAGGCGGACGACAAAGACAGCGAUUCAUCGUGUCCUGAAGGUCCAGCACCCGAUGUUGACAGGCGUGUGGAUGGUGCCCCUCUAGAGUACAUGUUUGGAAGGGAGCGUGGGCAGGCCGUAAGGGACGCACUUUGUACAGAGGUCUUGCGUUUGUGGGAACUGCGUCGUUCGCAGGCCUUGCACUGCGCGUACAAGACGGCGGAAGGAAUCAUUUUCGGACGUUUUCCUCAUUUUUGCGACGACAACAUCCGUAGGCGCGAAGCUUCAAAAUCACCCCAUGGGUAAAAAAACACUGAUUUUGAAGCUUCGCACCAACGAAAUGUGCCCAACAAAAUAGCGCACAAAAC